CUGCAAUAUGAUUGGCUGAGAGUAAACAGAGGAGGUGGUAAUUGUCACUGGCAGUAAGCUGUGGCAGUAAGUCAGUGAGUUAGAACCACACUUACGUACUCACCACCGUCUAACUUGCAAGAGAAAUGUCAGGACCCAGGCCUGUAGUUCUGAGUGGCCCAUCAGGAGCUGGGAAAAGCACCCUGUUGAAGAGACUCAUGAAAGAAUAUGAAGGGGUUUUUGGAUUCAGUGUCUCCCACACCACCAGAAAUCCUCGACCUGGAGAAGAAGAUGGAAAAGGGCUGAAUUGUCUCCCAAUGCUUCUGGGGGCUACAUUACUUCCUGUAGCAGACGUCCUAUCCUCUGAGACAUCUGAAGAUUACCACUUUGUCACCAGAGAGAAAAUGCAAGAGGGAAUUGACAAGGGCGAAUUCAUUGAGAAUGCAGAGUUUUCUGGGAACAUGUAUGGAACCAGCAAAUCAUCCAUUGAAGACGUUCAAGCACAAAACCUCAUCUGCAUCUUGGAUGUUGACAUACAAGGAGUGAAAAACAUUAAAAAGACUGAUCUGAACCCCAUAUAUAUCUCCAUCCAGCCACCUUCAAUGGAGAUCUUGGAAAAGCGUCUGAGAGACAGACAAACAGAGUCAGAGGACAGUCUACAGAAGCGUCUGGAGGCAGCGAGGAUUGACAUGGAGCUCAGUAAGGAACCUGGAGUUUUUGAUAUCGUAAUUGUUAAUGAUGACCUGGAAGAAGCCUAUGAGAAACUAAAAAGUGUUCUUAUUGAGGAAAUUGAGAAGGUGCAAGAUGCCAAGAAAUAAGAAAGGAUAAACAGCAUUUUUGACCUUUCUGUCUGACAGCACAAGACAUGAAGCCUUUUUUCCAGCCUUGUGUGAUGCAAUCAUGGUGUUGGUUCUGAUGUCAGACUCUAAAAACGUAAUUCACUUAAACGGCUAAUCAAGACAGGUGCUUUAAAAAAGUGUGUCUAUAGAGCUUUUCUCUGUGGGUGAGAGAAAAUCUAUGCAUAAAUAGAUAAUGCACAUCUCACUCUCAGCUGAGGACUCUCAAGAGCAUGUUUGCACCUUCAAUAAUGAAGGGAGACAUGGUAACAAAAAUGAGUUCAGUUAGUAUUUAUGGCAAUAGUUUGUUUACAACCAGUAUGUUAGUUCUAUAAUAGAGAAAUGAUUGUUUUCAACAUAUGUGAACUUUGUUAGAUGCUAUACAGCAUGUUUGAUUCUCAAUCAAAAGUUUUGAAUGUAUUCCGCUGAAUGGUUAGUUUGAGUUGCACCUUCACGUUUCCAAGUUUGUGUUGAAUAUAAAAUUAUGUAAUUUUGGGUUA